AUGACCGACGAUUUUUCCGUUAAUGAGGAGCCGGCUCCUCAUCCCCAGAAUCUUCGAGCUCAGAGCAAAGCAUCCAGCAUGGAGACCAAAUGUGAACCGUCAAAGACCGGCCAAUCCGGUCCUCCAAAGAUUACUCCAAGACCUACAUACAUCAGCAGUGCAGCAGCUGCCUCUGAUCUCAAGCUGCCACAACAGAUGCUCUCCAAGAGAAAUACCAUCGACAUAAAUGAUUAUUUCAAAGGACCAAGAAACCUCGAUAGACAUUCGAAAUGGCCACUAUUUCUCCGGGUUCACGGCAGUGUCAUGCCCCGAAUGAUUAUCCCCUUGGUAGUGAUGGCUUGCUGGUCAACCCUCAUUACAUGUGUAACUCACCUAGGCGGUGUUCCCCUCGGCAUUGAUUCAACUCUCCUUACUGUUCUCGGUUUCGUCGUCGGUCUUGCUCUCUCCCUCCGAAGUUCGACUGCUUAUGAACGUUAUGGUGAAGGUCGCAAGUACUGGGCUCUUCUGAUGCAGAAUUCCCGCACUUUGGCCCGUAUCAUCUGGAUUCACAAGACUGAACGCGAAGGUGAAGAAGGAAAGGAAGAUAUCAUCUCGAAGCUGACCGGAAUUAACCUCAUUGUGGCUUUUGCUGUUGCCCUCAAGCAUAAACUGCGCUUCGAGCCUGGAAACGGCUAUGAGGAUAUCUCCGGCCUGAUUGACCACCUUGAUACCUUUGCCAAAGCAGCCAAUGACCCAAAUGCGCCGCCAGGCAAAAAGCCAAGCACGAUGAAGGCUAUCGGCCAGUACUUGAGCGUUCCAAUGGCCAUGUCCAACCCACGCAAGCAGAUUAAGCGCUCUGACAAGCCUCUGGGAAACCUUCCAGCCGAGAUUCUCAACUAUCUGUCUGCUUAUAUCCAUGAGUCAUUGAUGAACGGUACCAUUCCCGUGCCCGUGCAUCAGUCCCAAGCUGGCGCUUGUCUCAACGCUCUGGAAGAAGUCAUGACUGGCAACGAGCGUGUGCUCAACACUCCCCUUCCACUGGCGUACACCAUCUUGAUUUCUCAAAUCACCUGGAUCUACGUCCUUGCCCUGCCAUUCCAGCUCGUCAACAAACUCGAAUGGGUUGCCAUCCCUGGAACUAUUGCUGCCACUUACAUUAUCCACGGAAUUGCCUCCAUCUGUGCCGAAAUUGAAAACCCCUUCGGCGACGAUGUCAACGAUCUUCCCCUUGACGUCUUCUGCCAACAGCUAGCUGCUGACCUUGACAUCAUCACCUCCACUCCCCCAGCCAAGGUAGACGACUUUGUCAACCGCGAAGACAACUAUGUUCUCUACCCACUCAGCAAGAGCAGUGUCAGCAUGUGGAAGGACCGUAGCGUGGAUGAGAUCCGCGCUGCCCUCAAGGCUAAGGCCACACUUACCCCUGCUAGACUCAACGCGGCUGGAUCAAGAGAUCUAGCGUUGGCUAUGAAGGGUCAGGAUGAAUCCAUUGCAUGA